UUUGGUCCGAGUGUUAUAGAAUAUUAAAAGAUGGCAGCCUCCUUGAGAAUAAUUCCCAGAGGCUGUGGAAUUGGUGUAAAACAUAAUAGAUUUUCGUAUACAAAACUGAAAAAUCAUAAUGUGUCUUAUUUGAACUUCAAAAGAAAUGCAUCAGUGAUUGCCAGUAUACCAAAGAAAAGUUUUGAUUACUGUUACAAUCUUACAAGGCAGAAUGAUUAUGAACAUUUUCUCUGUUCAUUACUCAUAGAAAAGAACCUCAGAGCUGCAGCAAUUGUGUUGAGAGCAUAUAACAUCGAAAUAGCAAAGGUGACUGAAAAUGUGAGAGAUCCAAUCAGAGGACAAGGCAGGUUUACAUUUUGGAGGGAAACUUUGGAUGAGAUUUAUAACCCUAAGGGACAGAUACCCCAAACUCCUGUUGUUCAGUUGUUGAAUUGGGUGGCAAAUGAAUUCAAGAUAUCAAAGAUAUGGCUGUCCAGGAUGAUAGAUGCAAGGGAAUCCAACCCAGGAAGUCGUUUCAACAGUUUGGAGGAUCUGGACAAUUAUUAUGAACAAGUUGUGUCAUCUAUGUACUAUGUAUUUCUUGAAUUACAUGGUGUCAAAGAUGUACAAGCGGACCAUGCAGCCAGUCAUUUAGGUCGUUGCUAUGGUAUCGUGUCAUUUCUCAGGGCAAUUCCUGCCACAGCUUCUAAAGGGAACAUACUCUUUCCUAAUGACUUAUUGGCAAAGCAUUCAGUCUCACAAGAGGAUAUCAGACGAGGAAAAAAUAGCAAAGGUGUUAGUGACAUAGUAUUUGACAUAGCAAGUGUUGCUAACAGCCACCUUCUUAAGGCCAGGUCUUUAAAGGACAAGGUUCCUAAAAACGCUAUCCCUGUGUUUUUACCAUCUGUGUUUUGUGAUGAUUAUUUGAAAAACCUACAAACUGUUGACUUUAAUAUAUUUGAACCAUCUAUCAAUCGUCGAAGGUAUUUGUUUCACAAACUUUUACUUCAGAAGUUUAGGAAAACUUAUUGAUAAUAUGGGAUCUGUGUAUGAUUUUGUUGUGAUAUCAUUCUAUGGAAAUAAUCCUUGGUGCCCAUGACCAAGAUAUAACUGUUUCAGGGAAACUUUAUUGUUUGUGACUAUGAAAUCAAUUUUGGAGUCACGAUAGAUAUCAGUACCAUUAAUUUAUAUUAAAUUGAUUUUGAAUGAAAGGAUGAA